CAUUACUUCAUUUCUUUCUUAGAAAAAACAUUUCCUUAGCCUGAACAUUUAUGUUUCCAGGCUGAUUUCAAAUACAUUAUGUCUUAAAUCAUUCUGUCUGACAUGCCUUUCCUACCUGCGUUUAAAGGGGGUUCUCCAAAAAGUCUUUUUCUGUCUGGAGUCUGCAGAUACUCUGCCAAAUGCCCUUUUGCACCCAAGCAAGGUGCUAUUGUGUGAAUGAAAUGGUGAAAUCAACAGGUUGGCGUCAGACAGCUGUCAACAAACAGAGGCCGAGAUAGCAAGAGGGAGGGAGGAGAAGAAAGAGAAGGAGUUAAAGAAAAAGAGGAUGUGGCCGACAGUAAAAGAUGACUGGAGGGGAGUGGAGUUCUCUGUCUAAUUAUAGAUCCUGCUGUUAGCUGGCUGAUGCAGAAGUGCUACUGGGGUUUUCACAUAGCCGGAUAUUUACAAGACAAACACGGAUCCUUCGGUGGCGGUGCCGGUGUUGUGUGCCGCCUUGUUUCCCAUGGACCUCAGGGUGGGAGAGCGGGGGAUGCGCCCUGGUUCGGACACGGCGCUCUUCACGCCGCUGCACCCACCUUUACUCCUCACCCAGUUCUCCUCUCAGCCCUGCACCUCCUUCUCCCAACAGCAACUGCACCAGCAAAUCCGGUUUAAUGUGGAGCAGAGGAGGCGAGAGCAGGAGCACCAUGAGAAGCAGCAGGAGUUGCAGCAGCUAAAACACAAAGACAAGAGUCAACAAAGUGCGGUGGCCAGUUCCCUGGUAAAACAGAAACUGCAGGAGGUGAUUCUUAAGAAGCGGAAACAGGCGGCGCAGGAAAGGACAAACUCCAACACUCUGCCUGCAGCUCCUGUAGCGUACAGAAAUCUGGGUCCAGACCCAAGUGCAUCCUCCCAACCUCUGGUGUCGUCACCGUCACAGCCGUCCCCGGAGGGUACAGAAGGGACGCCGCUACGCAGAGCAGCAUCCGAGCCCAAUCUGAAGGUGAAACACAAGCUGAAGAAACACCUGAACACCCGCAAGAGCCCGCUCACCCGCAAAGAGAGUGCCCCGCCCACUGUCAGACACAGAGUACCUGACACACUGGACUCGUCCCCCAGCAGCAGCAGUACUCCAGUCUCUGGCUGCAGUUCACCCAAUGACAGUCUGCCCAAUGAAAAUGGACUACUGCCAUCUGCAGGCGGCCUCUCACAUGAGGCCCAGAAGCUGCUGCUCAGAGACGGCACCCUGGCUAACUUCACCAUCCAGAGCCCCUCCACUCUGCCCACCAUCACACUGGGACUACCAGCCAACGCCAGGGGUGAAGGAGAGCUGUCCUCUCUGAAGGUCGGCCGGUUGCCGGUGGUUACAGCCGGGGGCUCGUCCGUCUUCAUCUCCCUGAGCAGAGAGGAUCAGGCCGGGCACCCUCACCUGCCCGUCAUCAUCCUGGAGUCCUCUGGACUACCGCACACUCCGCUACUCAGUGUUCCGGGCCUAGACCCCGUCCAGCUGCAGUUUGCCACCCAGUUAGACCACCUGUCUCCUGGAGGCUCUCAUCCCCACAAGCCCCUGAGCCGGACACGCUCGGAACCACUCCCCCAGAGCCAAAGGACCCUUCAUACACACCUCCUUCAGCAACAUCAUAACACACAACUACUGGAGAGGCUCAAACAGCAGACCCACCUGGGCAAGCUGAUGUCCAAGUCCAGCGAGAAGCCCAGACUGCAUCAGAUCCCCUCUGAGGACAUGGACUCAGAGGACGGUGGUGGGAUGUCGCCCACAGAGCCGACCUAUCAGAGCAGAGCGCGGGCAGACUCACUGAGGGAGGCGGAGCCAACAACAUCCAAUAGCCAUGAGGAGCAACUGAACCUGCAGCAUGCACUCAUACUCAACCAGUCGUUGCUAUGGGAGCAGCAGAAGCAGCUGCAGCAGCUGCAUCGACAGAUGGAGACGCUGGCAGUGCCGAUGCUACGCGGCAGCAGCGGGGUUGGUAGCGGGCUGGGCAUCCAUCGCCCCCUGUCUCGGGCACAGUCAUCCCCAGCCUCCACCUCUCUCACUCUGCCCGAGAAGACCCUGAGCUUGGCUCCACAGGACACCAGCAGCAAACCACGCUUCACCACUGGUCUGGUAUAUGAUUCUCAAAUGCUGAAGCACCAGUGUACAUGUGGGGACAAUAGCAGUCACCCAGAGCAUGCUGGCAGGAUACAGAGCAUCUGGUCUCGACUACAGGAGAGAGGCCUAAGGGGAGAGUGUGAGACUAUUCGUGGUCGUAAAGCCACUCUGGAGGAGCUGCAGUCAGUCCACACAGAGCGACAUGUGUUGCUCUAUGGCACAAAUCCUCUCAACAGACUCAAGCUGGAUAACCGCAAACUGGCCGGAAUCCUCUCUCAGAGAAUGUUUGUGAUGUUGCCAUGUAGAGGAGUAGGGGUUGAUAAUGACACAAUAUGGAACGAGUCUCACACCUCUACGGCGGCACGCAUGGCGGCGGGCAGCGUAGUGGAGCUGGCAUGCAGAGUGGCCAAAGGAGAACUGAAGAACGGCUUUGCUGUGGUCAGGCCGCCUGGGCAUCACGCAGACCCCUCCAAUCCAAUGGGUUUUUGUUACUUCAAUUCAGUGGCAAUAGCAGCCAAGCAGCUCCAGCACAAGCUCAGCGUCAGCAAGGUCCUCAUUGUUGACUGGGAUGUUCACCAUGGUAACGGCACCCAGGAAGUGUUCUACAGCGACCCCAGUGUUCUCUACAUCUCGCUUCAUCGCUACGACGACGGGAACUUCUUUCCUGGCAGUGGGUCACCGGCUGAGGUUGGUUCUGGAGCAGGUGAGGGCUUCAAUGUUAACGUGGCGUGGACGGGCGGACUGGACCCGCCCAUGGGAGAUGCUGAGUACCUCGCCGCAUUCAGGUCUGUGGUGAUGCCCAUCGCUCAGGAGUUCUCCCCGGACGUCGUGCUGGUGUCAGCUGGAUUCGAUGCUGCUGAGGGCAACCCGGCUCCUCUGGGAGGGUACAAGGUCUCCGCUAAAUGUUUCAGUUUCCUGACCCACCAGCUGAUGUCUCUAGCAGGAGGUCGUGUGGUUUUGGCCCUCGAGGGAGGUCACGACCUUACAGCUAUCUGCGAUGCGUCUGAAGCCUGCGUCAGUGCACUCCUGGGCAUACAGGAGCCACUGUCAGAAGAAGUCCUUCUUCAGAAGCCCAACGCUAACGCAGUCAAAUCGCUGCAGACUGUGAUACAGAUACAAAGUCAGUACUGGCAGAGUGUGAAGGCUAACAGUGGAUCAGUGGGUCUGUCCCACCUGGCUGCUCAGACAAGAGACUGUGAGGAAACAGAUGCUGUCAAUGCUUUGGCCUCGCUCUCUGUGGGAGUCCUCUCCAGCAAGAGCGGCCCUGAUGAGCCGAUGGAGCACGACUGCGACUCCAUGUAGAAGAAACCGACCCAUCACCUCACAGAACUCGCUUUAAGGAGUUGGGCCCAACUCGUUGCCUCGGCUCUCUUGCGCUGUCACAUCACCACGAAGGGGGGGGCGCGUUUGUAAUGCCACUGAGCCCCAAUGCGCCUUAUUCACACACACACAUGCACAUCCACUGACUCUCAAUGCUGAACCUCUACGGAUCUGCCACGUGAACACCUCAAUGCUGGUAACCACUCAGAUGAAGCCAGCAGCACGACAUGCAGCUUGGAAACCUUCUGGAACCUCACCAAAGAGCAAUACACAUGAGCUUUUAUGGACUUUUCAUGUCUCCUGACUAACAUUGGGCUGUUUGUACGUUCAGAGGUCCGAGCUCUGUGACCUCAAACCUUGCAGAAAGUGACAGAGUCCAGCUCUGAUUCUUCUUUUAGCACUAUCUACCAGCAGCUGAUUUGGUGCCUUACCUUUGCCUUAACGAAAGGACCGACAACUGUUUUUUAGAAGGGGACAACUUUGGAUUCUAAAAUGUUUUCUCUUGUGCCACGUUGCUUCUCGUAUCAGAAGCAGCUGUCAACCAAAUGGGAUCCAAAAUGGCUGACACAGAACGUACCUACUGUAUGACAUCAGGUGAAAUCAUGACGUGUACACAUUAGAGAUGCGCGGAUCGGCUCUGACGUCCUAAUCCGGAUGUAUGCUCCACUCAUCCACCCAUCACCCGCCCAAAGGACUGGUUUUCUCCAAUUUCGAGACCUGCAACCGCAUUAACAUUCCAAAAAUAAAGAAGCAUCCAUUGUGCCAGGAUUUUGGCGACUCCAGCUCACCUCAAUGAUGCACCCGGCUGCACUAAAUGAACGCUCCCUUGCAGCGCUCAUUGCAGGAAUGCACAAGAUUCAAUUUGAAAGGAGCUGCAGCCGUGGGAAUGAGCGGCAAUACGCGCAUCACUAGUACUCACACACACAUGCCUAAUGGAUAAGAUGCAAAAAAAAAAAUCUACAUGAAAAGUGACCACAUGAAAUAAAAGAGAACGGAAAAGAGGACACAAAUGGUCUCUUUAAAUGAUGUCAUAACCACUAAAAGAAGACAAAAGAAGUCGAGGGAAAAAGAGAAGAUGAAGACACAAAGUGGACCACUGUGGUUUUUGUAGAAACAAAGAAAAGGGCAAAUGUCCUUGUUGUUAAAUUGCACUGUUCAUUCCAUAAUGUGAACCAUAAGAAAUUCCAAAGCUCUGGGGAAAAAAACAACAACUCCUCUCUCUAGGUUAUUUAAUGUUUCUUUUUUGAAGAUCUGGAUGAAAUGGUGUUUGCUAUUAUUUUUUUCCCCACUCGUCAUGAGAUGUCUUAUGAAGCCUGUUACUCAUUCUUAGGACACGCAUCGGCCGAAAUACUGUACAGCUGUAGUUCCUAUGAAGUAGGUCUGAAAAGUAGGCAAGAUUUUCAAAUGAACUCGUCUUCAGUGUCUUACACACAACACACACACACUCUUUAUACAUACCUACACGCACACAUACAAAGAUGAACUCUUGAUGUACCACUAUUAUUGAAUACUGUAUGUUAUUGUUAAUAUUUGAGACUAAAGGAGCAUUCAUUCCACUGUGGCACCACUGAGGACCAUUGUAUUGUUCUGUAGUGGCAAUAAUGUUAAUGCACUUAAUGGACAUCACCCAAAGAAAACUGCCUUAAAUCCGCCUGCGCUUGGCAACAGAACUGUGUGUGCAAGCAGCUCGAGGGACCAGCAUGGAUAGUGCUCUCACAGAGACUCUUAAUUUUAUAAAAGACGACAUUUGAACCUGUGGAUUUAAGUGAACAUCAUAUAUGCAGACUUUUGAUAAUGGCCUCGUUUGAAUGUUAUGUUCAUUAUGUUAAAAAAGAAAAUUAGAUUUGGAGCUUCAUCACAGUCUAAUUAAGGAAACUAAUGCUUUGUGUUUUGUUUGUAUGUGAACUUAGCAUCUGCACUUCUUCAGGCUAUAGACAACGCCAUGCUUAACAUGUCAGUCCGUCAUCUUUGUAGUAGCGCUCGUGUUGAUCAUUGAUAUGAGGAAUUUUUCUGACUGCCCUGCUGUAGGGGCGUGGAAGGGCUCUGCAUCCUAGAACUAACAAGAUUCAUGUUUCUUAGUUUAUUGUGUCUCUUAGGUUGUUAUGUAGCAAAGUUAAGUGUGUUGAUGCACAUUAGGUCCAAUUUAGGCUUUUUUAGAUUAAAGCUGCAGUAUAAUGAGAUUUUGCAAAAUUUACAUUUUUAUUCCAGAUUUCUUAAAUUUUAUGUUGUUAAAGCUUCUGAAGUAGCUUCUUAGGUAGACACUAAACGGUCUCUCUAACGGAACUAAGACAAAUGAAAUUCAUAUUUGACUCACUCCUUUAUCUGAAAGCGGUUUCUACAUUCAUAAUUGGAUUUAAAGCAGCUCAUGUUGGCAGAGAUUGAUCAAAUGAGACUUGAUUUGAUGCAGCUUUUGUAAAAUCUUGACUGAAACCAGGACAAUGUGCAGUUUAUGUGACAUGCUGAAGGAAUUAUUGUCAGUUCAGCUUCCAGGUAGGGAAAUGUAUUGUAGUGUUGAGCUUGCUUCUAUCAGACCCUGGGCAGCGUCUGCCCAACAGAAGGUCUCAGAGUUUUUUACAUUAGACAAAAUGACCACAGGGCCUCUGUCACCACUGCUCCAUGACAGUCGGAGCUAUCGAGGACAUGUUGCCUGGACGAUUGGUGUUCUUUAAAAGAGUGCAACUGAAACAAGUGUGUCACUCUUUUCAUUUUGUUCAUAGUGUUGUCAACAAGUGGCAGUAACAAUAUGCUGUGUCGGUUUUACACAGCGUGCCCAACAGGUGCCUGUGAUGUCUAUGAAGUAAAUGUCCAUGUCGACGAGUGUGUGUGUGUGUGUGUGUGUGUGUGUGUGUGUGUGUGUGUUUGUGUGUGUGUGUGAGAGGGAUAGAAAUAGAGAGUGUCUGAUUGUAUGUGCACUAGUUUAUAUGUAAACUUCUAUCAUGUGUUUUGUGUAUGCAUCCACAAGUGUUAGUCUGUGUUUAUGUUUGUGUGCCUGUUGAAUACUGUAAGUGACCUCCUGUAUUAUAUUCCCAGUUUUUGUCUUAUGAAGAGGCCACUACCGCCUCAACUCUUAAUUCCCUUUAUUAAUGAUGUCAUGUGUACCUUCUUCUUAAAGAAAGACACUGUAAAUAGAAACUUCAAGACCAAAAUACACAUGUCACACAUGUGCCUUGAUGCAUUCAGUAGUGUGUGUAUUGGUAACUCUUAACUAACUGGACUUACGGUAACUCUGUAUGUAUGAACAUGACAUUGAAAUCGUUGUUUCAUGCUACUCUUUAUUAUUUACCUGUAUGUGUUAUUUUUCUUUCACUUUUCCUACCAUGUGUAUGUAUAGAAAGAUUCUCUAUUUUGUACUGUUAUUUUUCUCUUUACUCUUGAUUAAAAGAAAUAACUUCU